GUAAGCAAAAUAGAAAACAGAGGUCAGUGUUAAGAAAAGUAUCUCACAAAGCCUCUACAGUUCCUCAAGGGAGCGAUUCACUAUAAAUCCCAAGCCCUCACUUCUCCUUUCUUCUCACAUAAACACCCAUUUCUCUUCUUUAGAGCUUGCAUUCAAGUUUUUGUUGGAAAAAGAGAAAAGAAAAAGAAAAGAAAAAAGUAAAAACAGUUAUGGGUAUUGGAGGGACAUUGGAGUAUUUUUCUGAUUUAUUGAGCAGCAGUGGACAUAAGCACAAGAAACAGCUUCAGACAGUGGAGCUCAAGGUCAGAAUGUGCUGCGAGGGAUGUGAGCUCAAAGUGAAGAAGACUCUCUCCUCUAUGAGUGGAGUGAAGAAGGUGGAGAUCAACAGGAAGCAGCAGAAAGCGACUGUAACUGGGUAUAUUGAGCCCAACAAGGUCCUGAAGAAGGCCCAGUCCACUGGAAAGAAGGCUGAAAUCUGGCCCUAUGUACCCUACAACUUGGUGUCUCACCCUUACGUUGCAGGAGCUUAUGACAAGAAGGCACCCCCUGGUCUCGUGAGGAAUAUAGAGUCCUUCACAAUCCCAAGCCAAGCUUAUUACAGGCAAGAGGACCAGCUUACCAACAUGUUCAGUGAUGAGAAUCCUAAUGCCUGUUCAAUCAUGUGAAGACAUUGUUUGUGUCUUACAGAAGGAAACAGUGGCAAAAUAGUGGGAAGUUUUGGGGUUCUGUCAGUAAAAAAAAAAGUACAUAUUUUGAUGUGUUUCAUGUACUGUUUGAGCUGAAUAGGUUUGGACUGGUAAAAGAGUUGCACUGCUGCGGAGGAUGGGGUUCUGGCUUUUUUUUUUUUGUCCUUUUUUUGGUGUGUAGGUUUGUUUAAAGUCACGCAGGAGAUAUUUUUGUGAAUAUACAGUAUUAGAUUCUAUGUUGGCAUCA